GCACACCUCAUCCUAAGCCACCAACAAACGCAUCGCUACAGCGUACUAUCUCUACUCGAUAUCCCGACACCUACCCCGGAAUCGGAGAUUGCUACGCCCGCCCAGUGCGCGCCACGCGAAUGAACUCCUACUUGCUGCUCUCAGUGGACAACAGGACGAGUUUUUGCGGCCCGCUGACUCGCUCGCAGGCCCCUCUUUUCAGAGAAUAACGCACGCUUGACUCUCCUUAACGGACCCGAAGACUCGGACGUAGACCUUGACCUACCCCCGGAGCGGGGCUACUCUGAGCUCCGCGCUCCCGUUUGCGCCCAGCUUCGUGGCCCCACAUGGCAGGCAUCUUCGCUGCGGCCACAACCCCCCUCGUCCUCUCCCGCAUCGAAUCGCACCAAUCCCAUCAUUCACGGACCUCUCGUACAUCGCGCUAUACCGACCCGUGGACUGAACCUCUUGACGAUGAAAUAUCCCGCCUACCUUCUCCUGCUGUUUCGAACGCACCGACAGAUCCCCUCAGCGACGUAGAUCAAGACGAGAGCGUAGAUGGUGGUGAUGAG